GAGCCGGGGCGCCGGGCGGGGGACGUGAGGACCAGCCCUCUCCAGGGACCCCUUUGUUCGCAGCCCAGACGCCGAACACCUCCGCGUCCCCAAGGGCUUGACCGCCUGCGUCCGCGCCGCACCCGGGGCAGAGCUCAGAACAGGAGAGGGGAGGGGGCGCCAGCGCCGGCCACCGGGCCCUCCAGCCACCCACCCCUCCCGACAUGUCGCGCUCCUUCUAUGUCGACUCGCUCAUCAUCAAGGACUCCUCGCGGCCCGCGCCCUCGCUGCCUGAGCCGCACCCCGGGCCAGAUUUCUUCAUCCCGCUGGGCAUGCCAUCCCCGCUGGUGAUGUCUGUGUCGGGGCCCGGCUGCCCGUCCCGCAAGAGUGGCGCGUUCUGCGUUUGCCCACUCUGCGUCACUUCGCACCUGCACUCCUCUCGUGGGCCGGCGGGCUCCGGCGGCGGGGGCGCUGGGGCGGGGGGCGCAGGGGCCGGGAGUGGUGGGGGAGCGCCGGGGGGCGCCGGGACCCUGCCCCUGCUCAAGAGUCAGUUCUCUUCGGGUCCUGGGGACGCGCAGUUCUGCCCGCGCGUGAGCCACGCGCACCAUCAUCACCACCCGCCGCAGCACCACCAUCACCACCAUCAGCCCCAGCAGCCAGGCUCGGCCGCCGCUGCCGCAGCCGCGGCGGCCGCGGCAGCGGCCGCGGCGGCCUUGGGGCACCCUCAGCACCACGCACCUGUCUGCGCCGCCACCACUUACAACGUAGGGGACCCGCAGAGAUUCCACUGCCUCACCAUGGGGGGCUCGGACGCCAGCCAGGUACCCAAUGGCAAGAGGAUGAGGACGGCGUUCACCAGCACGCAGCUCCUGGAGCUGGAGCGGGAAUUCUCCUCCAACAUGUACCUGUCUCGACUCCGGAGGAUCGAAAUCGCGACCUACCUGAACCUGUCGGAGAAACAGGUGAAAAUCUGGUUUCAGAACCGCCGGGUGAAGCAUAAGAAGGAAGGGAAGGGCACACAGAGGAACAGUCACGCGGGCUGCAAGUGUGUCGGCAGCCAGGCGCACUACCCGCGCUCGGAGGAUGAGGACUCCCUGUCGCCGGCCUCGGCCAAUGAUGACAAGGAGAUUUCUCCCUUGUGAGGGAGGGAUGCCUCCGCCGCACCACACGCUCCUGGCAGCCCCCACGCGCCACCAACGCGCCUGGCACGCAGGGCGCCAGAUCCUCAGCCACUGCGUGGUCCCAUUUGGAGAAGGAGGGAGCUGAGUACUGGCCGAGCGGAGUAGUCUGGCCUGACCCUUCGCAUCUCCUCCUUGACCUAUAUGUUUGAAGCUCCACUCGAAGUUAUAGAUCGUUUUUUUUUUUUUAAUGUAAAUAAUCUAGAUUCAACUCAGUCUUGUCAUAUAACAGAGGGGGGGAAAAAACCAGGGUUGAUUCAAGUUUAACACUGUGUGGGGCUUUUUGAAAGCGCAUGUCCUUUCCCCUUCCCUACAGUCUUACAGAACCUAAGAAGAACACCGGGUUUCUUGAUUAUUUUCUUUUGUUGUUGUUGUUGUUGUUGUUGUUGUUGUUGUAGUGAAAGCAUAUGAAUUUCAAAUAACUUAGAAAAUUAAAUGCUGUAGGUCUCGCUUUCUGAAAAUUUGCCUGGGGAGAGAUUGGAAUUCAAGUUGCUGGAAGUCCCUUUGUAUGUGAAUAGUUUUAUAUAAAAUUUAUAUUUAUAUUUAUUUAAAUAAAUGAAACAAAAUCAA